UAAACCACGGUGACUCUCACUGAGACCAACAGCAUCGUCCAGUCCCGUGAACUGGAGAUGGGCGGGGCCUCAGUAAGGAGGGAUUAGGACUCUGUUACCCAGAGUGCACUGCGAGAGUAAAAUCCCCAAAGAGGAUUAGUGAGGAUCAGAGAGACGACAUGCCGCUGAAGAGAGAAGAUACUGAGCGCGCUCUGCAGGUGAUGGAGGCCUGUCAGGCUGGAGCCACUGACGGGGUCAAAGGUCGAGCAGAGAAGCUGCUCAACAUCUUCCAGAGUGACCUGUUCCAGGCUCUGCUGGACAUCCAGGAGUUUUACGAGCUGACGGUGUGUGAGAACCAGACGACGGACCAACCACACACACCUGUACAGAAGUACCGUUACCAAGACGAUGAGACUCCACCUGUUGAUCCCAGCCCCGGUCACAUGACCCAAGGACGCAGCGUUGAGCUGAGCCACGCACACCUGGACGGAUACACACACCCCGCUGCAAUCACAAUGAACGGGUCAGAGGGAGAGCUGGAGUACGAGGAGAUCACACUGGAGAGGGGCAACUCUGGUCUGGGCUUCAGCAUCGCGGGAGGAACCGACAAUCCUCACAUCGGAGACGACCCCUCCAUCUUCAUCACCAAGAUCAUCCCCGGAGGAGCUGCUGCCCAGGACGGACGCCUCAGGGUGAACGACAGCAUCGUAUUUGUCAACGAUGUGGACGUCCGGGAGGUCACUCACUCCAUUGCUGUGGAGGCGCUGAAGGAGGCGGGGCCUGUUGUCAGGCUGUAUGUGCUGCGGAGACGCCCACCGAGCGAACGCAUCACACAGAUCAAACUGAUGAAAGGACCCAAAGGUCUGGGCUUCAGUAUAGCGGGCGGCGUGGGGAACCAGCACGUCCCUGGAGACAACAGCAUCUACGUUACCAAGAUCAUCGAGGGCGGGGCUGCACACCGUGACGGGCGGCUGCAGAUCGGAGACAAAAUCCUGGCGGUCAACCACAUGUCUCUGGAGGACGUCCUGCACGAAGACGCAGUGUCGGCCCUGAAGAACACAGGAGAGGUGGUCUACCUGAAGGUGGCCACGCCCACCUCGCAGUACAUCCACCCAAUUGAUCGAUACAGCCCCCCCGACCUGACCAGCUCCUACAUGGAGCCGGACUACAUGUGCGAUUACCCACAAGCCCUCCCUCCUCCGUCACCGCGGCGAUACUCCCCGAUCCCCCGUGGCAUGAUGGGAGAGGACGAGUACUCGAGGGAGCCUCGCAGGGUGUGCGUGCAGCGCGGCUCCACCGGCCUGGGCUUCAACAUCGUGGGCGGAGAGGACGGAGAGGGCAUCUUCAUCUCCUUCAUCCUCGCAGGAGGCCCAGCAGACCUGAGCGGGGAGCUCCGCAAGGGAGACCAGAUCCUCAGUGUGAACGGGGUGGACCUCAGGUACGCCACACAUGAGCAGGCAGCAGCAGCUCUGAAGAACGCCGGGCAGACUGUUACCAUAGUAGCACAGUACAGACCUGAGGAGUACAGUCGCUUCGAGGCAAAGAUCCACGACCUGAGGGAGCAGAUGAUGAACAGCUCGUCCGGCAGUCUGAGGAACAGCCGCACCUUCUACAUCAGGGCGCUCUUCGACUACGAUAAGCAGUGGGACUGCGGCGUGCUGUCUCAGGCGUUGGACUUUAACUUUGGCGAGGUCUUCCACGUGAUCGACAGCGCCGACGACGAGUGGUGGCAGGCACGCAGGGUCAACCAGCAGGGGGAGCUGGAGGAGCUGGGCUACAUCCCCUCCAAGCACAGAGUGGAGAGGAAGGAGUGGUCACGGAUGAAGAGCAAAGGUAGAGAAGGCUUCGUUCACAGCUACGAGCUCAUCACUCAGAUUGAAGUGGACUACGCCCGCCCCAUCAUCAUCCUGGGACCCACCAAAGACCGCGUCAACGACGACCUGCUGUCCGAGUUCCCCGACAAGUUCGGCUCCUGCGUUCCCCAUACGACUCGCCCUCGCAGGGACUACGAGGUGGAUGGGCGGGACUACCACUUUGUGGCGUCACGGGAACAGAUGGAGCGGGACAUCCAGUCGCACCGCUUCAUCGAGGCGGGCCAGUACAACAACCACCUGUACGGGACGUCGGUGCAGAGUGUGCGACAGGUGGCCGAGCAGGGGAAGCACUGCAUCCUGGAUGUGUCGGCCAACGCCGUGAGGAGGCUGCAGGCGGCACAGCUCCACCCCAUCGCUAUCUUCAUCCGACCACGGUCGCUGGAGAACAUCCUAGACUUGAACAAGCGCCUGUCGGAGGAGCAGGCGAGGAAAGCUCUGGAUCGAGCCAUCAAGCUGGAGCAGGACUUCCUGGAGUGCUUCACAGCCAUUGUGCACGGCGACAGCUUCGAGGAAGUCUACCACCACGUCAAAGUGGUCAUCGAGGAGCAGAGCGGACCCUACAUCUGGGUCCCUGCACGCGACAGGCUCUGAUUGGCCGACCGUCUUCACGGGAACUGCUGUUAAUGUCACGCCCAGGCUCCUCCCCUCCCUCCAGCGGGUUUUUGUUUACUUCUCUGGGAGGGUGACGGGCGCACUGAUGGAUCAGGAUGUUUUUAAUCUGAGACGAGGACUCACAGCUGAUUGGUUUAUUAUCAGUACAUAAUGAAUCAGAGCCUGUAGAGCUGGUACUGAAGUAUUUAUAUCAUGCUAUUUAUUUAUCUAUUUAUUUAUUGGUUUGUGUGAUGUGAAGAUGGUGUGUGUGCGUGUGUGUGUGUGUGUGUGUGUGUAGUGUACAUACAGACUUGUGUGACUGUAAAUAAAUGAUGGGGCUCAAACACACAGUCUAUUUCAGGGCUUAAAGUAUCAAACAACCAGUGGACUACAACACCCACAAUCCUCCUCUGCCUGCACCUCUACACCCCGACAUGCUCCCUUUCCACACUUCAUCUGCUACUGUCCUCCUCUGCCUGGACUACAACCCCUCAAACCACCCUUUGUUUGGACUACAACUCCUCAAACCACCCUUUGUUUGGACUACAACUCCUCAAACCACCCUUUGUUUGGACUACAACUCCUUGGACUACAACUCCCUGUCUUUCUUUCUGCUUCCACUGAACCACCCACAGUCCUCCUUGGUUUUGACUGCAACAACUUUAUGCUGCACUACAUGACCCAUAAUCCUCCUCUGUCUUGACCUAAACGCACACAAUCCUUCUUGGCUGAACACUGAACUGCCCUCAUAUGGACUACAGCUCCCAUAAUCCCCUCCUGAUGGACAGUUUGGACUGAAACACUUCCAUUUUUAAGCAAAAACGUCUGGACUGCAGCACCAACACUUCCCAGUUGUGGUGAUGGAUAAACUCCACCCACAAAUGUCUACAGCACAGAAGGACUACAUUACCCACAAGUCUCAGCUGAUCCAGGCCACACAUGCUGGCUGUGGGUGUGUCCUUGACUACAAUACCCAUGAUUCCCUGCUCAGAUGGCAGGGUGGAGACUGUGAAACUAACCUGCUGAGGGGAAGGCGGAGCUAAAGCUUGAGGUUGGGGUAGCGUGAGGGGGCGGGGCAUGUGUCCCGCUCACAGGACUCUGUUACCCACAGUGCUUUGGGUGUAGAUGGGUUCCAGCGGGGUUUCCCAGACUGAAUAUCAGGGUCGUGUGAAUAAUAAUAAUUAUCAUAAUGAAAGUAAUCCUACUUAUAGAUGAUGUAAUAUCAUCACACACACGUGCACUCAGCGGGGUCACCUGAGGUCACGUUAGUUUGUGAGCACUGACAGAAACACUGAUGUAUCAUUAAAUCUGAGUAUUGAUUAGCCUGUCUCACACACACACUCACACACACACUCAUUUAUGCACACGCACACACAUACACACACACACACUCAUUUAUGCACACACAUACACACACACACACACACACACACAGACACACACAGAGUUGAGAUGGUUUGAUGAGCGGCUCGUUGUAUAAUGACAUGAAUUAGUUAUAAAUGAAACUCUUGAAAUAUUGAAAUAAAUUCCUUAUAAAAGCUGA